CUUGACGGAUUAUCCUUCGCGAUCGCAUCCAAGAUGGCGACUUCCAUCGAGAUACCUCUUCGGGAUACAGAAGACGAGGUGAUAGAGCUUCAAUUUGACCAGUUGCCGGAGGGCGAUGAAGUACUGAGCAUUUUACGACAGGAAAAUGCACAACUACACAUUUGGAUCACGCUCGCGCUGCAGUAUUACAAGCAGGGAAAAACAGAUGAUUUUGUUAAACUCCUGGAAGCUGGAAGAACAGAUGCCAAUCGCAAUUAUCGUGACAGUGAAAAAGGGCAGAUGGUCUGCCUGGACACACUUGCUGCAUUCUAUGUGCAGCAAGCACGAAAGGAGAGAAACAAGGAAACUAAAAAGGAACUGUUUACAAAGUCAACCUCACUGUAUUCCACGGCAGACAAGAUUAUCAUGUAUGAUCAGAAUCACUUGCUAGGCAGGGCAUACUUCUGUCUCCUUGAAGGAGAUAAAAUGGAACAGGCUGAUGCACAGUUCAAUUUUGUGUUGGCGCAGUCAGGGAAUAACAUCCCAGCUUUGCUAGGAAAGGCCUGUAUCUCAUUUAACAAAAGGGAUUACAAGGGUUCCCUAGCUUACUACAAGAAAGCUUUGAGAACAAAUCCUAACUGUCCAGCCUCUGUUCGGUUAGGAAUGGGUCAUUGUUUUGUGAAGCUUGGAAAACUGGACAAAGCAAGAUUGGCAUUUGAGCGUGCUCUCAGCCUUGAUCACCUGUGUACAGGGGCAAUGACAGGUCUUGCCAUCCUGGAACUGAAUUCGAAAAAGGCUAGCAUAAAUGAAUAUUGUUUAUGUCAUUAAAAAUGUACCUGUUGACACUAAUAGUGUGAUGUGAUUAUUCAGCUGCAGUACUCAUACCACUAGCACAUGAGGUUUUGCAGUUUGUACCUCUGACGCUUCAGGAAAUUCUAGAUCAGCAUCAUCAUACACUGUACUUUCUGUAAAAAAGCCUUUAGCUUCUGAAAUCCUCCUCCCCUCAGAAUUUGCAGUUACCUUCGUUAGAGUGGGUAGGGAUAUUUCCAGGAACUGCAGAUUGUAUGGCUUUCAGUAAGAUUUGAAGUACAGUGUAGGUGUUUGUUUGUUUGUUU